AUGGCGCCGACGUCCUACAUCCGCAGCGUCAGUGCCUCGAGUGAACACUUACGAAGCGUGGUUUCCCGCUCUGUGUCCUCGACCUUCGACACGGUCUCGUCCAACCACCCGGUCACCAGUUCCAGAACUUCGAUUGCAUCCUUCUUCGCCCUCAUCCUCAGAGAGGUGCUACACCUCUCGAGACGCACGCUCCUCACCUCAACGAGUCCCUCAAAACCCUCCCGCCGGGAACUCGUGCAGCCCGUCUUCCUCCAACCCUUAGGUCAUCUCGAGAAACGACAGAACGCCGUCCUCGCCAUUCCGACCACCUAUGCCGGCCUGAACUCCGGACCCGCACCCGGCGCCCUGGUCGGCAUUGUCCUAGGCUCCGUCGGAGGCUUCAUCCUUAUCCUAUACAUCAUCCUCUCCCUAUUCCGCUUGUCCGGUUUCGGAGGCGGCGGUGAUGAAGUCGUGCAAGAAGAAAUCAUCCGGCAUCACCGAAGGAGGCCGCCUCCAAGCAGUGCGAGCAGCAGAAGUAUGAGUCACGUCAGCAGACCGGAAAGGGUGGUGCGGGAACAAGAAACGGUCAUCGUGGAAGAACACUUUGGUCCGCCCACCGAAGAGGAUAUUGUAGAGGUCAUUGAAGAACACUCACCAGAACGGACGCCGCCGAGGAAACCCAGCAAUCGCAGAAGUGGCUUCAGAACGGUGGAUCCAGCAGAGUUUGGAGGAGGGCCGAGGCCGAUGAGGAAGGUCUCGAGACGAUAA